GUGUUUUUUCAAUUUUUUCUCAGUGCUCUUCAUCUCUCCGGCCGAGCGCCAUAACUCCACAAAACUCCAGCCGGAAUAGAAUUGUGAGUUUGUGUGACUACGCUACGAAUAUCAGCAGUAGCCUACAAAUCGAGUUGUAUCCGCGCCCACACCACCACAGCAAGGACGCCGCCAGCGAGGAUCAGAUAGACACCAAGUGGAGGAGGACUUGAGCCGCCGCACACUCGCGCGAACAAGAACAACAAACGGCGAGUGCGCUCACACACAAACAGGCAUUCAGGCAUUCAAAAUGGCGCCCACAAAGGCAACAACGCGCGCGGCCAUCGUCGGCGGGCAUCAUCAGAUGCAGCAGGCGGGCGGCGGGACGGGUAAUCCGCUCCUGGCCCUGGGCGCCGCCACCAGGAAGGGCCUGAACCGCCGGGCCGCCGCCACGGGGAACAUCGACCCCAAUGCCGAAAACAUGCAGACGCGCGCCAAACGCAAGGCCGACCAUAGCCCCAUCAAGAAUGACAAAAUCAAGCGCUCGGCGCUGGGUAACCUGACCAACAACGUUAAGAUCAUGACACUGCAUCCGGGACAGGAUGAGGAGCAGUCCGCUGUGGGCAAAAAGCCAACGGCCCAGCAGCUGCAGGCCCUGCUGGAUGCUAAGAAACAGGACAAUCUCGGAGUGAAUGUCUUUGCCGCCAGCAAGAUGGCAACUCGCGCCUCCAGCAAAGUGGAAGAUUCGGUGGAGAACUGUCACAAGGUUCUGGACAAGAUUGAGGAGGCGCUUGCCAGGCCCAAGCCGCGUCCCAAGGCAGUGCCCGCCGGGAAGAAGACGGUUUUGGGGGAGGCUCAGUUACCCGCCAUGCCAAAUCCCAUGCAGAUUCCUGUGUUGCUGCCGCCCAUGCACAAUCUGGCCGCUCCCCAGAUGGCCGCCAUCAAGCCAGUGCGGCGGAUCUCGAAUGACUUCAACAAGACUGAGGACAGCCUGUACAUGUCCGCCCUGGAGGACGUGUCCAGCUGCGAUUCCAUGCGACUGUCUGGUAAUUUUGAGGCAGCGCGUCGUCGCUCCGCCAAGUUACAGCAAAAGACUGAGCAGCAGCCGCAGCCGCUGUUGCUAACACUGCCAGAGACGGCUCCCAGCCAGGUGGUACCCAUUUUACCGGUGCCUAAGGAUGUAGAAGACUUCGACCUCAAGAACUGGGACGAUCCUUUCCAGGUCUCACACUACGCCAUGGACAUAUUCAACUAUCUGAAGGUGCGCGAGCCGGAGUUCCCCAUUGCCGACUACAUGCCCAGGCAGAUCCACCUUACCACCUGGAUGCGCACCCUACUGGUCGACUGGAUGGUGGAGGUGCAAGAGACUUUCGAGUUGAACCACGAGACUCUGUACCUUGCGGUGAAGAUUGUCGAUCUGUACCUCUGCCGCGAGGUGAUCAACAAGGAGAAGCUGCAGCUCCUGGGCGCCGCUGCCUUCUUCAUUGCCUGCAAGUACGACGAACGGCAGCCGCCGCUAAUCGAGGACUUCCUUUACAUUUGCGAUGGGGCUUACAACCACGACGAGCUGGUGCGGAUGGAGCGGGAGACACUGCGGGUCAUCAACUACGAUCUUGGCAUCCCUCUGUCCUACCGCUUUUUGCGCCGAUACGCCCGAUGCGCCAAGGUGCCCAUGCCCACGCUGACCCUGGCUCGUUACAUCCUGGAGUUGUCGCUAAUGGACUAUGCCACCAUUGCGUUCAGCGACUCGCAGAUGGCCUCCGCCGCCUUGUUCAUGGCUCUGCGCAUGCACGGCGGCCCGGGGCAGCUGGACAAGCAGACAUGGAGCUCGACGCUCGUCUACUACACCGGCUAUCAGCUAGCGGAUUUCGCUGAGAUUGUGCCCGUGCUUAAUGCAGGCCUACAUCGCAAGCCACGGGCCACCAUCAAGACGAUACGGAAUAAGUACUCGCACAAGAUAUUCCACGAGGUGGCCAAGGUGCCCCUGCUGACGAACCAGGAGCUCUUCCAGAGCAACCUCGACCUGAACGAAAGCAAUCUGUCGUAGGACAGCAUCAAAGUUUAGCCAAAUUCACAACGAGCUGCAAAAUGUUACGCUUCACUUAGGCUCUAAGACGCAGCAGUCCCCAUAGCAACCCGGUCCCGGCUCAAAUAGGAUAAGACGAACAGCGGAUCCCCGCCUUAAUCGAAAACUCAGCCCCAUGAUCUUAGCCCUAGCCCCUAGUCCCAAGUCCCUGGUCCCCACCAUGUCCUCACAUUUUAUUAUAUUUUAAUUAUUAUUGUGACCUUUGCAUUAUUGACAUGUUUUUGCAUAAAUAUUGUGUUAAGAGUGCUUUUUGUUUCUUUUGCCAUGUAUUAUUGUUUAGUUUUCACAUACCGCAUACGUACCCACAUACUAUCAAUCUAAACAGGAAAAGCGAAAUUAUCUCUAACACCCACAUCCUCAACAUGUAGCCCGAUCGCAAAACGAUUAAUGUUCUAAUAUAUACGCUAGUUUUAAGAGAUGCCAGCAUUAAAUAAACCUAACUCGUAAGCCACCAAAGCA